AUAAUAAUUAAUAAACAAAAAAAAAAAAAAAAAAAAAAAACAUGGAAAUGACAGCAGGAUCAACCAAUUUUAGCUACGAGAAUAAAAACUCCGGGGGACCCGAUCGCAAUGGCUACACAAAGUUCUCUGUCCCACCAUUACAAAGGGACCCCGAAUGCCAGAUGUGGGGGGCAUUCAUGCUGAAGAGAAUCUGGAGUUCCUGGAAAGUCUCGUCCGCGGUGUGCUUCUGCUCUCUCUCGGUUCUGUUGGCUUUGAAGUUUGUGAAUGGGGAAAUCGAGUACAGCAGCAACAACAGGGGCAAGGUGCCCGACUCGCCAGUGCAUCACUAUCUCUCGGGGUGCGCGGCGGAGCUCUUGGUAACUUGGUGGCACUCGGCGGCGCCCCUCUUCACGCUGGUAUGUGCAUUCUUCUGGGUCGGCUUGUACCUAACACGAUGCGGGGUCAUGCUAAAAACUGCACUUUUCCUCCUGACCGUGUGCCACCUGGGAGAAGCAGCAGCCCAGCUCUUGCUCUUCGGCUCGGAGGAUCAGUUACUCUCAUUCACUGCAACGGUGGUGGUGCUCGCCUGCUUGGCAACCGGGGCACUGAUGAGAGUGAAACUAAAGCAGGGGCUUUCUGUCAUCGUCUUUAUCAGCCUGGUCAGGACUCUUUCUCUGAUCUCGCUGAAUAAAGUCCGGGCCGGUUGUAGACCCUACCUGGCGUACUUGGUCGGGGUGCUGGGGUUCCUUCUUGCGAGGUAUGCAGACCAGCUAUUGCCGAGCCAGGGCCAGCACGGAGGGGGCUGUACUUCCCUGGCGGGGGCAAAGGAGCACAUCCCUGUAUUUAAAAGGAGAAGAAGAUCCAGCUCUGUAAUUUCAUCAGACAUGGCGAACAGUCAGUCCAGCAGCAGCAGAUCACACAGGAGGACUUCUUUGCCAUGCAUUCAAAGGGAUCAGAUGCUUUCCCAAUCCGAGUGGGAACACAAGCGCGGCUCCCGAGGAUCCCAGUACUCUGGAACCACGGUCACUGUGGACAUCGCUGUCAUGGGGGAGGCUCACGGGCUCAUCACAGAUCUGCUGGCAGACCCCUCGCUCCCUCCCAACACCUGCUCCUCCCUGAGAGCCGUCAGCAACCUGCUGAGCACACAGCUCACUUUCCAGCCUGUCCACCGGCCCCGCAUCAACCCACUGGGGUCCUUCAACGAGAACUACACCUGCUCCGACUCCGAGGAGGGGCCUGAGCGCGGCGAAAAGCUGGCCAUCCCCAAGCGUCUGAGGAGAAGCCUGCCCCCGGGUCUGCUGAGAAGGAUUUCAUCCACGUGGACGACCACGACGUCGGCCACAGGCCUGCCAACCAUUGAGCCGGGGCCAGUCAGGAGAGACCGCAGCGGCAGCAUCAAACCAGUCCACGAAGCCAUCACGAGCAGCACAGCUAACAGUGACUCCUGGAACAGCUCAAUCAUGCUGACAAUAAACAAGAGCCGGUCCCUCUCUGCCUCAUACACUGCCCCCACUGCCAACCACCUGAACACCAAGAAGCAGAGCAGGCCAGGUUGUCCGCCUUCCAACAUCUCACCUCUCACCUCCCCGUGCCAUUCACCCAUCCAGGGGACCCCGGCCAGUAGCCCCACCAGCAAACACUCCUCCGUCGAGUUCCCAGACACAGCGGACCCUGCACUGAUCACCCAGCACAAAGCCUUACCCUCCACUCAGAGCUCCUCGGACCCCCUGGGGCCGCACAGGGACCCCUCGGCACUCUGCACCAGCUGUGGAAGAUUAUUCAACAAAACAAACCGCAGUGAAGGCAGUCUGGACAGAGCGGACACACCCACACAUUCAAUAAACAGGACAGAGGACCCUGCUCAAGCGACGUCAGACUACGACAGCACCCACGAAACCAACAACAGCUACAACAGCGACAUCGUCCAGAACGAGGACCAUCCCGAGUGUUCCAAAGAGUCCAGGGAAGGGUCUGUCUGCAGAUCAUACAGACCAGACACCCUCAUCUUGCACCCCUUGAUGCCACCCGAGGCCAAGCCCAUUCUAGCUGCAGAGCCCCUGGUGAUGGAACACCUCCACCCCAUCAUGGAGCAGCUGAACAACUGGAACUUCCCCAUCUUUGACCUGGUGGAGAGGACCGGGGGAAAGUGUGGCUGCAUCCUGAGCCAGGUGUCCUACAAGCUCUUUGAAGACACAGGGCUUUUCGAAACAUUUAAGAUCCCGGUCAGAGAGUUCAUGAAUUACUUUCACGCACUGGAGAAUGGAUACAGAGAUAUACCUUAUCACAACAGAAUCCAUGCCACCGAUGUUCUGCACGCAGUCUGGUACCUCACAACCCAGCAGAUUCCUGGACUCCCCAGUCCACUCAAUGACCACGGCUCUGCCAGCGAUUCAGACUCAGACAGUGGUAUCACUCAUGGUCAUAUGGGAUAUGUUGUAUCAAAAACGUACAGCGCUACAGAAGACCAUUACGGGUGCCUGUCUGCUAACAUCCCUGCCCUGGAGCUGAUGGCGCUGUACGUUGCUGCAGCCAUGCAUGAUUACGAUCACCCAGGAAGAACCAACGCCUUUCUGGUGGCCACCAGCGCCCCUCAGGCUGUGCUGUACAAUGACCGGUCAGUGCUGGAGAACCACCACGCUGCGUCUGGCUGGAAUCUGUUCAUGUCUCGGCCGGAGUACAACUUCCUUGUCAACCUGGACCACGCGGAGUUCAAGCGCUUCCGCUUCCUCGUCAUAGAGGCCAUCCUGGCCACUGAUCUCAAGAAACACUUUGAUUUUCUGUCCGCUUUCAAUUCCAAGGUAAAUGAAGACAUAGGGCCUGGCAUCGACUGGUCCAAUGAAAACGACCGCUUGCUUGUGUGCCAAAUGUGUAUUAAACUGGCUGACAUCAACGGCCCUGCGAAGUGCAAAGACCUCCAUCUGCAGUGGACCGAGGGGAUCGUCAAUGAGUUUUAUGAACAGGGGGAUGAGGAGUCAAGCCUGGGCCUUCCCACCAGCCCCUUCAUGGACCGCUCAGCCCCGCAGCUGGCCAAACUGCAGGAGUCCUUCAUCACCCACAUCGUGGGGCCACUCUGCAGCUCCUACAACUCGGCGGGCCUCAUGCCUGGGCGCUGGGUGGAGGGAGCCCAGGAUGAGGAGGAGGAGGAGGAGGAGGAGGAGGAGGAGGAGGUGGGGGCAGGGGACAGUGAUGAAAAUGAGGAGGAUGAAGACAUGACAGAGGAAGACACUUCCGACAGCUCUGAGGCAUCACGGAAAAGGGGCAAAAAGCAAAGGAGGAAAAUCUACUGCCAGAUUACCCAGCACCUGCUGGAGAACCACGAGAUGUGGAAGAAGGUGAUUGAGGAAGAGCAGAGGGCAGAGGAGGAGAAGCAGGAGAAGCCCAGUGCAGAAGAGCUGACGAGAGAACCCAUCUUGGCAAUCACAGAGGAGGAGGAAGAGGGGGCCAAGGAGGAGAGGGGAGGGGAGGGAGAAGGAUCCAAAGGGAGUGCCACAGCUGAGGCCCAAGAGCCGUGCACACACUGA